AUGCGGCUACUAGGUGCUUCCAGCCGUGCGCUCCGACAGGCACACGCGCCAUUGGCCUUUGCCCGCGUUGGCCAGCGGCACGCUUUGCACACCAAGCCGUAUGAUGCCGCGGUCAUCGGUGCCGGCAUCACAGGUCUCACGGCGGCGUACCUGCUAUCGCGGGACCCUUCCUGCUCCAAAGUCACUCUGUAUGAAAAGUCUUCUCACCUGGGAGGCUGGGUCUCGUCCGAAAAGAUCUCUGUCCCUGGUGGCGGACAGAUUGUCUUUGAUUAUGGUCCGCGGACCUUGAGGACCGCGGCCCCCGCCUCCCUCCCCAUGCUUGACCUAAUCACCCAGUUGGGCCUUUCCGACCACGUCUUAGUGACUCUAAAGAGCGAGCCCGCGGCUACCAAUCGUUUCAUUUACUACCCCGAUCACCUCGUGCGCUUGCCAUCACCCGCUAAAGAUGGACUCUUCAGUACUGGGUUGCAGAUGCUCCGAGAACCUUUGUUUAAAGGUGUCUUGAACAGCAUCUUUUCCGAGUAUUUCCAGCCACCGUUACGUGCGCAAGGCUACAUGGAAGAUGAGUCGGUCGCUGAUUUCUUGUCACGUCGGGUUUCGUCGGGAAUUGUGGAUAAUAUUGCCUCGGCGGCCCUCGCUGGCGUUUUCGGGGGCGACGUCAAUCGCCUCAGCGCAGAGGUAGUCCUUGGUAAACUGCGGAUCCUGGAAAAGGAAUACGGCUCUAUAAGCCAUGGCUUGAUUGAAGAAAUGUCGAAAGGAGUCCGCCUAAUGGCCAUGGACGACUUCCUGGCCGUGGAAUCAGUUGAGGGAGAGCAAGACAGGUCGAACACAUUCUUCACAAGGUUCAGGAGGGUCGCCUCCAUUGCCAGUGUUGUCACAUUGCGGGACGGCUUGGGACAACUAACAGACACGUUAGCCGCCCACCUGAAGGAAUCCAGCAAAGUCGAGAUUGUAUCGGGUACGGAAGUCACGGCAAUUGGCCAGGACUCAGCAACUCGGGACUUGACCAUCGGCUUCGGCAAGGGAAGGGCCAACACUCACAACCGCGUAAUCGCCACUCAUGCGCCUUUAAGCCUCGCUCGACAGCUGAAAAAUACGAAGGCGAACCAGACGGUACCUUCAGAUACGAUUCAAAAUCUGGCAGAACACAAGGACGCCGUGACCAUCAUGGUGGUCAAUCUGUUCUACACGGAAGAAGACCUAGUUCCAGUCGAUGGAUUUGGAUAUCUGAUUCCGAACUCCAUUCCCUUCGAGGAGAAUCCGGAAAGAGCCUUGGGAGUGAUCUUCGGGAGUGCAACCAGCCUGGGACAAGACACGGCACCAGGAACGAAGCUCACGGUCAUGCUGGGUGGCUACUGGUGGGACGGCUGGACCGAGACCGAUUACCCCGACCCUGAUACAGGGAUCCAGAUGGCUCAGACGCUGCUCCAUCGGCACCUGGGGAUCACAGCGACGCCCGCCGUGGCGCGCGCCCGACUGCUGCGCGAUGCCAUUCCCCAGUAUACGGUUGGCCACUUGUCUCGCAUCGAUAAACUCUCCCGGUCCGUUCGCCGUGACUUCGAUAAGCGGCUGACCUUGGCUGGCUCAUGGUACGGCACUGUCGGGAUCGGUGUGGUGGACUGUAUCCGACAGGCCUACCUGGCUGCGUCGUAUGGGGUCGGAUCCAAGAAGCUUGACGCUGGAAGAGGCCCUCGCCCUUGGACGAAAUAUGACUACUAUGACUGGCCAUUGGAAGGUGGCAUAGUUACCUCUCCGGUUCGGUAUAGCCAGGUUCCCCCUGCCGAGCGUCAGCAUUAUUAA